UACUUUAUUGUCAUUUUUAUUGUUAAUUUGACACGAAUGUGUAUUACCUUUUGUACAUAAACGAACAGUUUUACAUUGUUGUUGUGUAUUUGUUUCAAGUAACAUACAAAGGCAGUGUUAAUAUUAUUUCUAUGUGAUCAAAUAUAAAUUUUACAUAUUUAUUUGUUUAACUAAAUUUUUAAUGAUAAUGGGAGUCUCCAAAUUUCUAUUAUAUCUUACUAUCAUGGCUUCAUAUGUUAGUGCUCAAGACUUGAUCGGAACGAGUAAUAUCCACGUAGAUAUGCCGGGAGAACAUGGUAAUCCGUUUGACAAUCACCCAGUUGUACACAGAGAAUCGCAUCACAUCGGACAUAAUCCUGGUUCAUCAAUUGGUAACGUCCACGUAGAUUUACCAGGAGAACACGGCAAUCAUAUUAACAAUCAUCCAGUUGUUCAUAAAGAGUCGGAUCACUUUGGACAUAUACCUAAUGUACCAAUUGAUAACAUUCACGUAGAUUUACCGGGACAACAUGGCAAUCCGUUUGAUAGUCAUCCCGUUGUCCAUCGAGAAUCGAACCAUCACGGCCAUAUUCCUGAUGCACCAACUAUUAAGGUCCAUGUAGAUUUACCGGGCCAACAUGGUAAUCAGAUCAAUCAUCCAAUUGUUCAUAAAGAGCCAGGAUACGUUGGUUCUAACCCGGGUGUGCUGAUUGGCAGUGUUCAUAUUGACAUGCCGGGACAGCAUGGUAAUCCAAUAAAUGGUGUUCCAGUUGUCCAUAAAGAAGAAAUUCCUAUCGGACCUAAUCCCGGAAAACACGUAGGAAACGUCCAUAUAGAUAUACACGGAAAUCCUGUCAAUGGUAUUCCAAUGGUACAUAGACACCCUGGUCACCCUGGGGAAGUUUUAGGUCAUAAGAACCACCAUUUACAUUCUGAUAUUCAUAUUGAUGCUCCAGGACAACACGGGAACGCACUGAAUGAGCCGGCAUUGCAUCUGCCACCUGGAGCUACUAUUGACGAUGCUCGUGCUGCCGGUGUUAUCCCAGGUCCAGUUAAUGUAGGCCCCACAGUACAUUUAUCCGAAUCUGUUGGCAUACAUGAUUAUGAUAAAUUAGAUUUGGGUGUGGUUGAUAGUGGAAGUGUUUUGCUUACAACAGGUGGCCGAAGACGUAAUGGCCGUCGAGGCGGCAGACGUCGUGGACGAGGUCGCGGUCGUGGUGGUCGCAGAAGGAGGCCGACAACAACGACAACAACUACAACUACAACCCCUGCUCCGAAGAAAUCUAGUGGUGGUGGUGGAAUAACAAUUAUUAAAACAACCCGCCCUAAUCCAUUAGCCGCUAUAGGGAACGCCUUACGAUCUGCGUUGAACAUUGGCAAUGGGGGCGGUGGACUUUUUGGCUCUUUGAUUAGGUCUGCUGUCGGUGUUCGGCAAGGGUUCAGGCCUCUUCCUGGAAGAACUAUAAGAAUACAACCAGCUGGUAUGCCGUUGUUUGGUGGUCUGUUUGGGUGAACACCUUUACUGGUAGAACACCGGUGAUUUAUAUUAUUGGAUAUAUAUAAGGGGAUUUGUCCUCCCUUUUAAGUUAUUUGUUCACGGAAAAAGUCGACUUUGACAGGUGUCUACAUCAUACUCGGACUUUAGUGAUUGCUAGUUCAUUUGUCAUAAAGUGACAUUUUAAUAUGCGUACCAAUAUAAAUGUCCGCAUGUUUAAUCAAUAACAAAUUUAUACAGAAACAAAAAUGUUCAUUCUUUUGCAGUAAAGUAAUUUCACAGUUGGAUUCGAUUGUAAAGAUCAUUUAGUUACGGCUUUUCAUACGUGCGAUACACGAUAUUCAGAGAAAUCCAAUUUGAGUAUAUAAAAUAUUAGACUAAGUAUGUUUUCUUAUAUGAAUUUAUUUGUAAAUAGAGAGCACGUAUUUUUCCAUCGAUA